AGUAGCUAGCCAGCUAGAAGUCUACACAGACUGGUCAGGGCAUAGUCAAAUCACUGCAGGGUUAGAUAGCUAGCUCUCCAAUUUAGCUAAUUAACUAUCAAGGUAGCCAGCGCUUAGCAAAUCUAUUAAGCUAGGUACUACCGAACAAGCUUACAACAUAUUAGGUUCAACAAGAUAACCAAAUGGACACACCUCGUCAAACCAAAGGGCCCAACCGGGUUCGGGAUACCAAACGUGGCCAGACCCAAAACACCACGCCUCGUCAAAAAGAUGGCUAUGCCCGCCUUCUCAGCCAGCACCGCAGCAGCAAAUUUAGAUCCUACCUGGAACAGUAUGCACAGCAGUCACAGUUUCAAGGGGAAGAGAAUGUGCCAACCACCCCAAACAAGGCCCACAGUGACAGACAAGACAUACCACAGCGAAAAAGCGACCAGGCUCUCAUAGAAUGUUCAGACUCAUCUGACUUUUCCCCAUCUUCCUGGAAAGGUAAGGGGGAAGAAGGCUCCCUGUCUCUGUACAUGGAUAAGGUUACCAGCCGGGGAGCCAGGCAGGACUCUGAGAGAAAGGAAGGAGUGUCUGAUGGGUUUGGGCGUGGGGAGAGGAGGGACACCACCACCAGUCAAGAUGGCGACGUGGAGUCUGGUGAGGAGAUUGGUUCCAUCAAACACAGGAACUCCCAGCAUCAGCAGAGGAGGAACAAAGACCAACCAUUAAAAGAGCCCACUAGUAACCAGGGUAACAAUGAUACAAGAGACAGGGUUGGCCGCCAAGCUGGUUCAGGUGGGAAAGAGCAUGAGAAGAAGAAAUCUAAGAAGAAGAAUGUGCCAAAGAACAAUAUGGACGAGGAAAGAGAUGGGGUCCUCCAUUCAGAUAUGAAUCCAGAUAUGACAAAGUCCCCUCAUAAACCAAAUAACAUGCAACCACAAGCCCAAAAUCCCAAUUCCCCGGCUGACAAGGGUAAGAAGAACAGGGGAGGAAGAGGUAAGAAGCAGGUGUUUGAACCCUACAUGUCUGCUGAGGAUGUCUCCCACGCUCUGAAGAGGGGAGAGCUCAUCCAGGGACCAAUAAGAAUCAACCCUAAGAAGUACCACGAAGCUUUCAUCCCAUCACCAGACAGCACGCGAGACAUCUUCCUGGAUGGGAUCGUAGCCAGGAACAGGUGCCUGAACGGGGAUGUCGUGGUGGUGCAGCUGCUCCCCCGAGAGCAGUGGAAGGUGGUGAGGUCGGACACUGACUGCGAGGGCGCCAGCGAGCCAGAGUCCUCAGCUGGGAAGACCCAAACACCAGGGAAGAAAACCCCUCCCAGCCCCGAUGUCAUCAUAGAGGACCAGUACAGUGACCAAGAGGAGAUGGUUAAAAGGGCUGAGAACAUCAGCCUCAAUGCUAAAGGGGGAGAAGGCGUAAACCAUGAUGUGCCCUCAAAGCCUAAUUCCACUGGAGAGAUACUUCAAAGGACUGCCAAGGUGGUGUACAUAGUUGAACAAAAGCACUCGAGGGCAGCGACAGGCUUCCUCAAGUUCCUCCCAGACAAACCCUUCGCCAUGUUCGCCCCUGUGGACCACCGCGUACCUCGUAUAAAUGUCCCCCUGGCAGACUGUCCCCAUGACUUUGGGUCCCGCCCUGGGGACUACGCCAACAUCUUGUUCAUCUGCCGCAUCACCCACUGGCCAGAUGACAGCAACUUUGCCGAAGGCCGCCUGGCUAAGACGUUGGGCCAGGCAGGAGAGAUCGAGCCAGAGACCGAGGGCAUCCUGACGGAGUACGACGUGGACUUCUCAGAGUUCUCCCACGAGGUCCUCGGCUGCCUGCCUCAGACCCUGCCGUGGGCCAUCCCCCCUGAGGAGCUGCGCAGGAGGAAAGACCUGCGGAAGGAGUGCAUUUUCACCAUCGACCCUGCCACCGCCAGGGAUCUGGAUGAUGCCCUGUCCUGCAGACCUCUCCCUGAUGGUAAUUUCGAGCUGGGCGUUCACAUCGCAGAUGUCAGUUAUUUUGUAGAAGAGGGCAACGCUCUGGAUUUCAUCGCCGGCCGAAGAGCCACCAGUGUUUACCUGGUCCAGAAGGUCAUCCCCAUGCUGCCCAGGCUUCUGUGUGAGGAGCUGUGCAGCUUGAACCCUCUAACUGACCGGCUCACCUUCUCUGUCAUCUGGAAGAUCACCCCCGAGGGGAAGAUCCUGAGCGAGUGGUUCGGCCGCACGGUGAUCCGCUCCUGCGUCAAGCUGAGCUACGACCACGCCCAGAGCAUGAUCGAGGCGCCGGACAAGCUGUUCGCUCCCGACGAGCUUCCGCCCGUCGCCCCCGACCACCCCGUGGACGAGAUCCACCAGGCCGUGCUCAACCUGCACGCCAUCGCCAAGCGGCUCCGCGCCCAGCGCUUCGAGGGGGGCGCUCUGCGGCUGGACCAGCUGAAGCUGUCUUUCACUCUAGACAGGGAGACGGGCAUGCCUCAGGGAUGCUACGUCUACCAGUACAGAGACAGCAACAAGUUGGUGGAGGAGUUCAUGCUGCUGGCCAACAUGGCCACCGCCCACCACAUCUACCGCUCCUUCCCCCAGAAGGCCUUGCUGCGACGCCACCCUCCACCACAGAGCAAGAUGGUGGACGACCUGCAGGAGUUCUGCGACCAGAUGGGCCUCAGUAUCGACUUCUCCUCGGCCGGAGCGCUCCACAAAAGUCUGCAUUCCACCCUGGGAGAUGAUGAAUACACAGUGGCCAGGAAGGAGGUCAUCACCCACAUGUGCUCCAGACCCAUGCAGAUGGCUGUGUACUUCUGCACAGGCGUUCUGAAGGAGGAGCCCCUGUUCAAGCACUACGCCCUCAACGUGCCCUUCUACACCCACUUCACCUCCCCCAUCAGACGCUACGCUGACGUCAUCGUGCACCGCCUGCUGGCUGCGUCGCUUGGUUGCGGGCCCCAGUUGGAGCUGACAGGGGAGGAGGUGAACAAGCAGGCGUCCCACUGUAACGACAGGAAGACAGCCUCCAAGAGAGUACAGGAGCUCAGCUCUGAGCUCUUCUUCGGGGUCUUCGUCAAGGAGAGCGGCCCUCUUGACUCUGAGGCCAUGGUGAUGGGUGUACUGGACCAGGCCUUCGACGUGCUGGUGCUGCGCUACGGGGUGCAAAAACGCAUCUACUGCAAGGCUCUGGAGGGCCUGGAGAAGUUCCACUUCAACAAGGUGGGCAAGCGGGCCGAGAUGACCCUGGUGUGGGCCCCGGAGGACCAGGACAAGGCCCCCGUACGGCAGGAGAUCGCCAUCUUCACCCUGGUUGACGUUCAGCUGGUGACCGACGGGCCCAUGAAGUACAGCGCCGUGCUCAAGAGGCCCACAAGUAAUGGAUCAUGAAUGUCUACAUGUGCCCUGAAGCGCACGUCCACACACACAUACACACACACACACACACACACACAUACACACACACACACACACACAGAGCCUAUUUUUAGAACUUUAGUGGAAUUUGCACAUUCUUUUAUUUUUACGGAUUAGCAAAGCUAAGAUGUUUCUUUCAUUGGCCUAGCUUGUGGUCUUAAGUUCCUCUGAGCAGCCAAGUGCCUACAGGCAGUACAGCUUCAGGGGCCGGCUGCUGUGGGUUCAUUUCACUCUAAUCAAGAGCCACAGCUAUGCCAUGAAUUCAGACAUUCAUUUUGCAGUCGAGACCUUUAUGAGGUCAUUUUUCUUAGAUAAUAGAUGCACAGUGUAUGUGUGAUGAUUCAAAUCUUAAACUAUUUUCAGUUUAACCCUCAAGGCUGGUUUUCCCAGACUGAAUUCUGGCCUAAAUUUCACUUGGAGAAGAAAACCUCUAUUGAAAGUGAUUUAUUUUUAUUUUAGGAUGUGAAGUAUGGGACAACAGGCCACAAUUUUUAAAUAAAUUGGUAUGAAUGUGAAAGAAAAAAAAAAAAAACGUACCUAGUCCUUUCAUUCACUGUGCUAUUGAAUGUUGCUUGAGAAGUCAAAGCUGUUAUAUAAUUAAUUACAUGCUUGAUUCCUAACCAUAUCACAAACUCCUCCCUGACAGAUACAUGUUGCAUAUGAACCAAAAGCAGUAACUACCAUCACGUAUAUGUAGAUAGCUGAGCUUAGUGAUACAGAACACUGAACUGACAUACGUAACAGACUCAAGACAUCCAUUGAAUCUAUGUAGAAGCCAGUCGUGUGACUGUACGAUGUAGUUGUUUGUUGUUGUUUUAGCAGUAACGUAAUGACCUGAAUAUGCCAGACAAUGCUCCUGUGAUUUUAAUUGUGAGGCAUUAUUUUAUGCAUUUUAAAAAUGCGUUUACAUUGAUUUGUAAAUUGCUUGUGGUUGUUUAUGCUUUUGUGGACUGCCUGUCAACUUUAGACCUUCAUGUUAACUCAAAGCAAUACACUCUUAAGUCUCCUCAAUUGUGGUGUCAAAGUGACCUGUCCUAGAUAGAAACCAUGUGUACUACUCUUUACCUUGAUACCUGUUUGUUAAAGUCACACUUUCAACUAUAGAUGCCAGUGGUAGGUUUGCACAUACAUCUGUCAAAGACCAUUCACCGAAGUUACCGAUAGAUAUCGUACAGUAUUGACAACAUAUAGUAUACUCUCAAAUCCAGAGAUUCAACAGUUUAAAGCGUGCCUUUGUUUUUGUGUUUUUGCUUGCCUUACCUUUUCAUGUGCUUGUUUACUGCACAAUAUGUGCUCUGUACACAGACAGUAGGAGCUAGACACUCUAGACUACUAUAUUCUAAUCAGUUUCACAACGUGGUAGAUCUUUUAACUCUGUUUAACUAAAGACCUGGCCGCUAUAUCCGCACAACCAAUGGAUUUUCUUUUAGCAAAUGACUAGUUGAUGUCAAAUUUUUUUUGUUUGUUGUAACAACUAGAACAACAAACAACUUUGUUUCAGGGAUAUGGGUUUUUGCAACGUUGAUGGGGGCAAGACUGAGGGCAAACAGCCAAUUUUGUCAUUUAAGGCACCUUAUUGUGUGCUGUAAGUAGUGUGCUUUAAAAGUCUGAACAUGGCAGUUCUACUGUAUAGAGGACACUGGUUCUAGAGGUUUCCAAUAGGGACGGAGAACGCUGUGGUGUGUGUUGGAGUUGACAUGUUAUUUCUGUCCAACUGGAAACAUGGAUCUCAAUGUGAUGUGACAGCUGCAUUCCCCCCAGAUUGAAACAUUCAUUUGUGAGUUCUUAAUGUGCCUGUCCCUUUUGGAACCAAAUAAAAUAACCUGCUUCACUGAA